CCCCUCCUUCCCCACAACAGCAUUCGCUCUGUUUCUGGUCGGACAACUUUCGUUUUACAAGGCACAUCUCACCAUCAUGAGAUCACACUCGUUCGGUGCGCUCGCACUCGCCUUCAUUGGGAGUGCGACCGCCGCUGUCGAACCCUAUGGACAAUGCGGAGGAACUGGGUAUGGCGGCGAAACCAGUUGCCCCCCUAAAUUUACUUGUGUCCGGGUAAACUCUUACUAUUCCACUUGUGUGGAGACCGAAUAUUACCCCUCGGUUUAUAAUCCCACCGCUAGUCAAUACACUGACUCCAACUAUCAUCCCUCGGGUUAUACCUACAACCCAUACAAACAUUAUACGUCAACUCCCCCAAAAUACACUACUAAUACAUACUACACCCCGCGCCCAACCAACACAUACAAGUCGUCGGAUCCCAAGCACAAGACCGACUACAAGCCAUAUCCGACUGACUAUAAGCCCUACCCAUCGGACUACAAACCGGAUGACUGUCAGUCGUAUCCGUACCACAAGCCAGAUUAUAAGCCAUCCGACUACAAGCCGUACCCGGAUUAUAAGCCGACCGACUACAAGCCAGAUUAUAAGCCAUCCGAGUACAAACCGUACCCUGAUUAUAAGCCAUCCGACUACAAGCCGUACCCGGAUUAUAAGCCGACCGACUACAAGCCAUACCCGACCUAUAGGCCGGAUUAUAAACCAUCUGACUACAAGCCGUACCCGACCUAUAGACCGGAUUAUAAACCAUCCGACUACAAGCCGUACCCGACCGACUAUAAGCCGGAUUAUAAGUCACCCGAUCCCUACAAUCCGUACAAGCCAUACACCACGGAACCUUAUAAGCCAUACAACUCGGAUCCACCAUACAAGCACUGCAAGAACGAUCCUUACAAGCCAUGCCCCGACGAUGAAUACAAGCCGCAACCCAGGGCUGUCGUCCCCAGACAGUCUGGCGCACCCGGUGGCUUUACUCCCGUUACUGGUGCACCUGGCCUGCAGACGCGUAUGCCUAUUGAGGAGAUGCAGUCAAAUUCCUCUGAUGUCUACAACAUGUUCAUCCUGGCUUUGGUGGCCAUGCAGGCAGAAGAUGAGAAUCGCGACGUAAGUUAUUACCAAGUCAGCGGUAUUCAUGGUCGCCCAUAUCUUCCAUGGCAACACGAAUUUGAUCCUGCUAGCAACGAUCCCGGCCGCGGUUAUUGUACACAUGGAAAUGCUUUGUUCGCUACAUGGCAUCGGCCCUACCUCAUCCUGAUCGAGCAAAUCCUUUGCGAACACGCAAGAACAAUUGCAGCACGAUUCACUGGUGCGGAUGCGCAGAGAUAUCGUGAUGCUGCUGAUAGAGUGCGCAUGCCGUAUUGGGAUUGGUCUUCUCAGACAACCAGAUCACGUCUCCCGAGUGCCGUAACUGCGACGGAUGUCACAGUCGUUCAACCGGACGCUGGUGGUGCCCCACAGACUACCGUCAUUCCGAACCCUCUGUUCUCUUACAGGUUCACCAGCGAUCAGAAUAGACAGAGAUACUUUGAUGGUGUUUUCCAGAAUAUACCGCAAACCUGCCGCCAACCGGAUGGUGCUUUCAAUUCGCGCAACGACCUUGCAGAGAGCGAGAUGGUGAACACUUACGAGCCUCGCCGUGCCAAUACCUACAAUUUGUUCUCCAUUCCCACCUUUGGAGAGUUUGCUGCCUCGGGUGGUCCUGGCGGUGAUGUGUCACCAAGUAAUUGGGUCAGCGUUGAAUCGAUCCACAACAAUAUCCACGCGCACAUUGGUGGUUUGAACGGCCAUAUGUCCUAUGUCGACUAUGCCGCAUUCGACCCAAUCUUCUGGCUACAUCACUGCAACGUCGACCGUCUUAUCGCAAUGUACCAAGCCGUCCGGCCAAACGAAUAUGUUCAACCCGGCCCGGCUGUACAAACCUUCGGAAGAGUUGUCCAGCCAGGAGACCGCGACGAUGUCAAUACCCCGUUGCGGCCGUUCCGCCGUUCUGAUGGCCGUGACUGGACUUCUGCAGAUACGCCCAAUGCUACCAGCAUCAUGGCUUAUGGCUAUACCUACCCCGAGAUCCCCGCUGAAUACAGGACUAGACCCGCUGAAGAUUUGUCAACUUUUGUCACAGGUAGGGUCAACGAACUUUAUAGGCCUGCUUUGGGUGGCGGUGGUGGCAAUAAUCCAGGCCCCGGCACCGGCACGGGUACUGGCAAUGGCACCGGCACAGGUACUGGUUCGGGCACUGGCACUGGAACUGGUUCGGGCACUGGCUCCGGCUCCGGUUCUGGCUCCGGUUCUGGUUCGGGCUCUGGUUCUGGCUCUGGUUCUGGCUCUGGUUCGGGCUCUGGUUCUGGCUCUGGUUCGGGCUCUGGUUCUGGCUCCGGCUCUGGCUCAGGAACUGGCAGUCCCUACAGAUACCGUCGCGAAUGGAUCGCCUACAUCAAAAUGGACACAGGCGAGGUCGAUGAUAGAUACUCUGUCUUGAUCUUCCUUGGAGACGUCCCAUCAUCCGUCCAAGAAUGGCAAACUGCACCAAAUCACGUUGGCGACUGCUCAACAUUCGGCGACGAGAGAUCGCGAAUGAAACACGUUAUCCGAGGCACUGUACCUCUGACCGAGGCCCUCGUCGCGAGCAAUGUCGACCUUGACCCGGCCGCGUGUGUGCCCUACUUGCGCAAGAAUCUUAAAUGGGUUGUUCAAAAGGGUGACGGCUCCAUACCCAUCAAUACCCUCAAGAGCCUCAAAGUCGGUGUCUCCAGCUCGAUCGUCGAAUACCCGAAUGACUACCGCGAACUACCCAAGUGGAGGAAAGAAGAAACUCACUACGACAUUACCUAUCAACGAGACGGUGGCGUUCAGUACAACGAGACCCACCUCGUCAAGAGUGAGCAAGCACCAUCAGUCAUCAGCAACAACAGCAUACAUGAGGACCCGGGACGGCGCACCCCCCUCAGGAAGCGUUUUGCCAAGCUUAGGUUCUAGAGAGGGAUAUAAUUCGUAUUUAAUAUAGCUAUUUCCUUAGCAUGCUUUACACUUCUGGCUAUUUUCCCUUAUUUUACCCUUAAUUAUUAUUUCUCUAUUUUUGGUCUCCAGCAUGGGCUCCGAUAUUGUCACUUUCCUUAAGGUUCUUAGCAUCACCAAUUUGAUUCAAUUUCCCCCGCCCAAA